AUGUUACUUCCUUUGCAGAUCGAAGGACACCGAGGUUUACUGGCCAGGCGAUUCAGUCCGUUCCGGCUACCGAGAUUCUCCGAACAUCGGGAUCAGUGUUGUGGACAUCUGAAAGAGAUUGAUGACUUGCGACUUCUUGUGAUGAAACUUAACCAUCGAAUAUAUCUAGCUGAAACUGGAGUUAGAGCAGACUCUAACGAGAAUUUCGCGAUACCGCCUACUACUCCAGACUGGAUCAAAGACCCGGGGGAGACAUGUGUUCUGUUGGACAAAUAUGAGAAGAAGCUGGAUGAACAAACAAUGUUGUUGAAUGAGUACGAGAGCACAAUACGUGUUAUGCGUGAAAAAUUGGAGAGUGUGACGAAGGAGAAAAACCGGCUAUCUGUUGAACUCACCAGACUCCGAUAUGUUCAGCAAGAUUCGAAAAUAGCUGAAGAGAUUCCCCAUUUCGGUCACUAUUCGACUUUGGAUUUGGGCAACUCAAAAGCGGAGCAGUUGAUGCGAGAGAAUAACAAACUCGCAGAAUACAUUUCAAGCAAACACGAGCAUGAUGAGAGGAUGUAUCAUUUGAUGGAAGAACAACUUCACCAUAUGAUGCAACAAGUUGAUCAAAUUGCGAAGCAAAGUGCAGUCGCACGGUGGCGAUCUCAGUCAUCCUUAGGAGAGCAUCCUAACGCCCCGUUCUACGCUCGAGAUCAGAGGCGCAAGCACAGUCUCGGUCAACUAAUACCAAACGGGCAGGAAUCCAGAGGAUCUGUGACGGAAAGUAAUCUGUCAGAAAUGGUCAACAAAUUGGAGUGA